AUGCACGCCCCUAGUCUCUGGUUCUGGGCCACGCUCGCAGCUCCGUGUGUUGCGGUUCAGGCUCCAUGGCCGCUAGGAAAUGAGUUCGAACUCAUGGUUGAUGAGAGUGUCAACCAUUUGGCUAUCACCCACCGUGGUCGGUCUAUUUGGGAGACUGUGCUAGGCCAGCCAUUUCUUAGUGCCAGCGCAGGAGGUGAUGAGGUGAUAGCCGCCAAUGGUAACUUGAAGAUCAACGAAGUGGACCAAAACAAGUGUACCGACCAGCAAGUUAACGAUGUUGCUCUUCGACCAUGGCACGGAAGUUCAAAUGACCACGCUGCUGUUAUUCAGGGUCAGCUCACCGGAUGCGGGGAUGCCACUCCUAAUUUCUCUAUUGCCUUCUGGGUCCCAUCUCAGUUCCCCGAUCGCAUUGCUUUCAGCGUGAAUGUCGACGCUUGGAAAUUAUCGGAGGUAGCAACGAAGGUAUUCCUAACAUACCAGUCGUCAUCAUCGGAAGACUUCUACGGACUCGGUGCCCAGGGAUCCUUCGGCUCCUUCAAAAACCUAACAGUCCCCAUAAUCUCACGCGAGCAAGGUGUCGGCCGUGGUGACCAGCCCACGACUCAACUUGAAAACGAGGACAGCUUCUUCGCUGGCGGAGAUCACUUCACAACGUACACUGAGAUCCCGCAGUAUAUCAGCUCCAAGUCACGGGUGUUCCACCUGACACAGGAGAGCUCAGCCUACACCACAUUCAAUUUCACCGAUCCUAAUGCUGUUACUGUGCGAUAUGAUGGCUUGACCUUGGACGGCUACUUCAUGCAAGCCGAAAACAUGCUUAACAGUAUUUCCAUGCUCACAGAUUAUACCGGCGAGAUGGUUGCGUUACCGGAGUGGGUUGAUACCGGUGCAGUGCUUGCUAUUCAGGGUGGGGAGAGCAAGGUAAACCGGAUAGUCAACCAAGGACUUGAACUUGAAUGUCCAAUUGGUGCAGUUUGGCUUCAAGAUUGGUCCGGAACACACUCACAAAGCGUAUCGUACAUGUCGUUGAAUGUAUCUCGUCUUUGGUGGAACUGGGAAUCUGAUACCACACUCUACCCGACAUGGAAGGAGUUCGUGCAAUCUCUGAGGGAUCAACACAAUGUCCGUACUCUGGCAUACGUGAACCCCUUCCUGGCGAAUGUUAGCACAAAACCUGAUGGCUACCGCGCCAAUUUAUACCACGAGGCCAGCAAAGGUAGUUACAUGAUCGCAAACUCCACUACUAAUAGUACAUCCGUUAUCUCCAGUGGUCCGGGCCUUGAGGCCGGUAUUCUAGAUCUCACCAACCCUGCCGGACGAUCCUGGUUUAAGGAGGUCAUGCUCGAUCAAGUCUGGAGUGCAAAUAUCUCUGGAUUUAUGACUGAUUUCGGCGAAUACACCCCUAUCUACGCAGACACUCAGUUUGCUAACAGGAGCAUUGACCCCUUCGUCUACCACAAUGCCUAUCCCCGCGAGUGGGCUGCUCUCCACCAGUGGAUUGGAAAGAAUGUGUCUUCAUUCUCCGACGCCAUCCUGUUCCACCGCUCAUCAUCUAUGGCGGCAAAUCGGCACAUGAAUCUAUACUGGGCAGGUGACCAGAACACCAACUGGGGUGUCAACGACGGUAUCAAGGCUGCUGUUACCGUCAUUGGUCACAUGGGUCUGUCAGGCUAUGCUCACGGCCACAUGGAGAUUGGAGGAUACACCACCACUUGGGACAGCAACGGUGUUGUGAACCGCUCUUCCGAAUUGCUUGGUCGAUGGGGUGAACUUGCUGCGGUCUCGAGCGUAGUCUUUCGUACCCACGAGGGAAACGUCCCUCAGGUCAAUGCCCAGUUCUAUACCAACUCCACCACGUACUCUUGGUUCGGUUAUAACGCACGCUUGUUUGCAAGUCUUGCGAAGUAUCGCCGUCACAUCUUGGAAACCGAAAGCAAGAACCUGGGCUGGCCCUUGCUCCGCAUGCCCGUCAUCUACCACCCGGAGGACCCAGUCGCCAAGGGAAUCAGCUACCAGAGCUUCUAUCUCGGCUCGGAUCUGUACGUCGCACCAGUACUGGAUCCUGGUCGUACUAGCGUGAAGGUCUACUUUCCUGGCAAGAAUCAAACUUUCACUCACGUUUGGUCUGGAAAGAACUACUACGCUGGUCAGACUGCACGUAUUUCCGCGCCAUACGGGAAACCCGCAGUUUUUGUCGUUGGCACGCCGAACAACAGUAAUUUGGAUGACUUCCUGCAAUUUGUCCACCGGGAGGAUAAUACCCUUAUCCACUUAUAA